CAGAGCUUCAGCCAAUCCGAUGGCGAGUUAAGUGGCGCGUGUCCAGUUGCAGGGGCUGUCUUGGUCUCGGCGUUCAGUCUGCGGUUACCGCUUCCGGAGACUUGGGCGAAGUGGCAGUCCUUUCGUUGUCGAGGCAACGACGCUCUCCAGGUUUUGAUACUGUUGAGAGGAUGGUGAAUGUCUUGAAAGGAAUACUUAUAGAAUGUGACCCAGCUAUGAAGCAGUUCCUGCUGUACUUGGAUGAGUCCAAUGCCCUGGGGAAGAAAUUUAUCAUACAAGACUUGGAUGAAACACAUGUCUUUGUAUUAGCUGAGAUGGUUAACUGCCUUCAGGAGAGAGUGGGAGAGUUAAUGGACCAAAACUCUUUCCCCAUUACACAGAAAUAGAGAGUGAAACUGGGGCUGUCCUUGUCAAAUUGCAGUCUUGUAGAUGUGGAGCUGACAGCCCCUGCAUAUUUUUCUGUCACUGAUUUGGAGGAGAUUGAGUUGACACAGUCACUGUGAUAAUUGAACUGUUUAUUUAAAUUAAAUUGUCAUGAAUUCACUUUGUUUUCAGUGUGAGAGAUAUUGACCAUACUUCCAAACAAUGAUUUUUGAUGGCAGCCAAUAAAAGGAUAUUAUCACACAUUA